AGACCGUGCAUGAGCAAAGUUCACUAGCACAUGAACUUUCUUUUGUCUGAGCAUGAGCUUUUCCUUUUCUUUCUGCCGCAAGUCAGUUGCUAUGUUCAGUUGACUUGCCGAUUUCAGAUGUGUUGGUUGUGUUUUUACUUUCAACAUUAUUUUAUUAUGAAGACAGAAACCGGAGUUUCAUCUGGUUAAUGUUGGGACCCAGAUCCCAUAUAUUUGGUUCGGAUUGGAGAAAAAAAUGGCGAAACUUACAAGUCACAUUUGUCAAAAAAAGGAGAUAGCAAAGGUCAAGCAAGAGUGGUCAAGCCGCAGAAUACGUGUGAAAGUGGCAGUAUUACGACAUGAUGUCCUUUCUCGACCAGUAUGUCGACGAAAAUAGCACUGACAGCAACGUGCCACCUGGAAUCCGACUCUGAAGUCCGUGAAAUGGUACAGUCUGAUGAUGAUGAUGAUCUUAUCAGAUCACCAGAACCAAGACAGAUGGCCGAGUUAUGCACCCCAUCAAAACAAACGAGUAGGCCUACUCCAACACCAAAGAGGGACCUAAAUGUAAAGAAGAGAAAAUCGGAGUCCAAUGAGAUGGAGGAGGCAUUAACCGAAUUGAUCAAGGAGACUACACGAAGCAGAGUAGAACUGGAGAACCGGAUGAAAGAGGCUCCUUCAAAGUCUGUUGAGGAGUUAUUUUUUUGAAAGCUGUGUUGCUCGAAUGGAAAAAAAUGUCUGCGACAACGAAAUCAUUCUUAGUUGCAAAUUUCUCAACUGUUUUUUAAUGCAGAAAAUCAAAAUAUACCCCCCAUUGAAAUAACCCCACUGCCAUGUCUCAAAGAAAAACAUAUUGGUGAAACGGCCCAAAUUGGUUCUUUCACAGGCUGUACCACAA